GGAAUAACCUGAACACGUACAAUGAUUAUGAGCUUACUCGCUACCACUAUGUCGGAAUUGUGAUGAUUUCGGCAGAUUUUGGUCUAGUAUUUUCAAUAUGGAGCUUUCCAAUAAAGCAACAGAAAACAUCACCCGUAUUGAUGCUGUAUGGUGCAUGUGAAGUAAGAUUGUUUUGAUAAUUUUUAAUUAUUUGGAUGCUUUGUAUUUUCUAAUCUAAAUGGUUUGAGAAUAUUGUUUCCCGGAUCUGGUUGAGAAAGCAGAUUCAAGUAUCUCAUUUGAUGAUAUUGUUUGGCCUUUUGGUGUCAACCAACGGAUUUUACCAUACAUAUAGAUAACACAGUACAUAAGGUCUGCUAUGGACUGGAUUCAACGAAUGAUAGAGUGUGUAAAAGUUGAUGACUUCGAACAAGUCAAUCACCUCUUACAAAAUGUUCCUGAAAACCUGUCGCUGAUUUCCAAUACUGUUGAGUUAUCUCCGUUGCAUAUUGCAAUUGCUAGCAAUAAUAUAUCAAUAGUGCGGUUACUAGCAGAACAGAAAUCUCUCUUCGAUAAACCCAGUGCGCUUUCACGAAUAUCUCCCGUUCUUCAGGCUGUUUCAAAUACAGAUGUUGAUUUAGAAAUCCUUCGGACGUUGAUUACUUCUGGGUUCAAUGUCACAACUAAAGACGCAACCGGGAGGUCAGCACUUCAUAUUGCUGCUGAUCUUAAUUAUUUAGACAGGCUUGAAAUUGUAUUGACUUCUUCGAAUAUUCAUAUAAAUCAGAAAGAUCGGACAGGAAGAAACGCACUUCAUUGCAUCUUUGAUAAGGCUCCAUUUGAAAACUUUAAAGAAUUCACAAGGGGUAUUCAGAUGCUGUUGGACAAAGACGUCGAUGUCACUUCUAGAGACAACUUAGGGGAAACCCCAUUGCAUUAUGUGUUUCGUAAUUAUUGCAGAUAUGUACCUCGUGUAUUUACAUAUGUGUUAAAACAUUCCCCAGAUGCAAGACUUGAUCUGCAAGACGAGUAUGGAUCAUCCGUGUUUCACGAGUUUCUAUCGAACGUGUCGGACUACAUUGAGGAAAGGGAAGAUUACGAAGAUAUCUUGGAAGAGAGAGAGAUAUUUAUUCGAGAAUUUCUAUGUGGCAACAUUGUAAAACGUGAUCCUGAAUAUAUAAAAAAUAUACUUAAUAGAAGGAAUGCUAAUGGGUAUUCUGCUUUUCAGGCAUACGUUGAUAAUACAAACUACACUACUGAAACAGUUGAUCAAAUGAUAAGCUCCGGUGCAGACGUCACGACGUAUAGUAGUCUAGGUAUAACAGCACUGAUGAAUGCAGUUGUAAGGAAGCGGGAUGAGAUAGUCGAGAAAUUAUUAAUAGCUGGAGCAAAUGUCAAUGCACAUGAUAUCUUUGGACAAACAGCUCUCUUCCGCGUUAAGACCACUCGGUCAUUUGACCUCCUUUGUGAAUAUGGCGCGCGAUUAGACAUCAAGGAUAAGUUUGGUCGACUCCCAGUUGCUCUGUAUACAAUGUACACUCCUGAAGAUCUUCCCUCUGGCUGUGCUAUUCAUCUGAGUCCCCAUUUUUCAAAUUUCAAACCUUUGGCAGCUAAGUUCUUUUCACUUGGUACGGACGUUAACACGGUUGAUAUCUUUGGAUCUUCUCUUCUUCAUUACGCUGCGUGGUAUGGUAUUACCAGUGCUGUAGACAUGUUGAUGGCGCAUGGAAUCAAUCCACAUAUUGCUGAUAACAAAGGUUUUACUGCGUAUGAUGUUGCAGUGUUUGUAGGUAAUUUUGAGAUCGCUCAAAGACUAGAAGAAUGUAAUGAUAAAACUGAGGUACAUUUAUUAAGAACCGUUGAUGACUUAACUAAACUAAAAAACAUAGUUGUUCACGAAGGCGAUGUCACCAAUUUGCACAAAGGAUUAACAAAAUUGGGCAUAGAUAAACACCCACCGGUAAUGAUAGACCAGAUAAUAAAUUCACCGGCUUUUGGGAUCAUCGAAAAAAGACCAGGAGCUUCAGAUGUCAAGACAAGUAUCUUAGAAAUGAUGUCGAAGUUAGCUCAUUUGCUUGAGAAAGAGGACUAUCGUUUCAAAAGUACUCUAUUUCCAACUGGAAGUUCCGCAGAAUCAACUAAAGUUUGUGAUCCUUCUGAAUUUGAUUUUGUUUUUUGCUUAGAUUUCUUUUCUGACAAAUGCAAUAUAAUGCAACCAUCAGACCUUUGUGGUACUGGGUUUGCACUGCUAAAUCUAACAGACACAGAUACACAUGGCAUCUCAUCUUUUCUUAGUGGACAUAGCUUGAUAUGCUCUAAUAUUGUGCGUAAUAAAUUUUACGACUGUAUCAUCAAUGUUGUAAACAGAGCAGAGUUCUGGGAUUUUGAUAACAUUUAUUUUGACGGACUUGUACAAAUCCAGGGACAUAAACCAAUUCUUAACAUUCAGGUAGAAUGGUUUGGACAGGUGUAUAAGCACGUUAUUGUUAGUAUUGACAUUGUUCCUGCAGUAUAUCUAAAAAGCUGGAUUCCUCAGGAAGUAAAAGCAAAAAAACACCCAUGGUCUUUGCAUAACGAUCAGAAUGCUGGUUACUUUGCCCUAUUCCACCCACCUGAGGAACAUAACAAAGAAAAUUACGUCCGCAUUUCCUGCGCUCCUCUUGAAAUACACUUCUUUCAUACUUCCCCUGCUAUUUUCCGUGAAGUAUAUGCCGCAGCAAAGCUACUUAACUUUUUCAGCCCAUUAGUACAAUUUGACGACACGGAUAGUUGGACAACCGAGGAUGAUUCGCAAUCCCAAGAGUCUUUAUCAAAUGAAACCGAGGAGAUUCACGGAUCUCAUAUUAUAUCAGACCCCUCUCACAACUUUGUACUGUACUGCGGAGAAAGUGGUAAGGAGGAUUUGAAACCAGGCUGUUCUUAUAAAAAAACAUCAGAUUCAUGGCUUGUCAAAUUAGACGAUAAUUUACAAGUACAAGAAAUUUACUUUCCUAAGGACGGAGUAAAAGAAACAGAUGAAACAAAAACAAAGCAUACUCAUAUUCACUCGUAUAGUGACUGUGAAACUUCAGAUAGCAAUGUAGCGACAAUUUGUAAAACAGAAAACAACACUGAGCAGAAAAGUGAUUCAAAACAUCAUGUAAAAAGUAAAAUAAACUCACCAAAUGUGAAUGCAAACGAUGGAACGACGACGAAGAGUUUCCUAAAAAAUGUUCAAAACGAUAUUAGCAGCAAAAUAAGUGUUUCUAAUAAUGAUGACACCGCAAGUUUGAAAGGGGGUGUUUUUGAGGAAAAACAGGUAGUUGAUGACUUAAAGCAAGCAGGUUGCGGCUUACCUGCUGAUGCAAAUAAUGAAGAUCAUUCCAAUGCAGAGGUAAUAGGCUUAGAUUGUAGUGAAUUACAUGAUACGGAAUGGGAAGGUGGAGAUAUACGGACGGCUAAGGAUGUUAUUUCAAGUUACAUGAUGAAAAAUUGUCUAUUUUACGUCAUGGAAGAGUUAAAAGAAUCAAAAGUUUCUUCCGAAGAAAUAACACAUAUAGAACUUAUUAAAAAAAUGUAUCGAUACCUGAAGUCAUGCGCAACACACCAAUGCUUACCCGCAUAUUGCUUACCGCGCCAGAAUGUUUUCACUUAUGUCAACUCAGAAAUUCGACAAAUGGAACCAGAAGAUUUAACAUACGAAACUGCUAAGCUCUGCAAACGAAUCUCGACAUUCUGUGAUGUUAUUUUAGAAGUCUUGUCUUUUUCGCCGGAAGAAAUUUGCCCAUGAAUUAUAACUAAACUAAUUCACACUUAAGAUUGUGACGUCAAUUGGCAACAUGGUUUAGAAUAUCACACAUGUGCCGACAGCACACAGUUUUAAACCAAGAAAAUAUGAUAAUACUAAGAUGGUUUUCGAAGCCUGUAUUAGGAGUGUGAAAAUGUGAUUGGCAGAAAAGUUCAUGAUUUGCUUUAACCCAAACGAAAUUUUAGCGCUACUUUAUAUUUACCCGAAGCGCUAUUAUUCAAACUCAUUUUAUUAAAUUUAUCUUACGUGUCUUUAGUAUUGCUUCCAGUUUUUUUUACUUAACCGACAUCAACUUUAAGUCUGAUUUUCCUUGAUUCUUUUUUUUUUUAAAUAAUUGUACAAAGGUGGUUUUCAGUUCCGAUAUUAUUUCUGUAUUAGCCUAUGUUAAAACCCAUCGGUGUCGUAUUUCAGAUGAUUCUUUAUUUCACGUAAAAUAUUUUACAAUUAUUGCUACAAAAUAUAGUAAAUAUAGUUUAGGCCUAUACCCACCCUUUGCGCAUGGUUACUACGGGGUAAUGACGUCAUUUGUAUGAGGUAUUAAAUCAAAAUAUUGGAUACUGAAGUUGUACUGUAAAUUUCUGUAAAUUAUGGUUAGAUUUUGUUGGCUAAGUAAUACUUGAGAAUAUCAUUUAUAAAAAAAGUGUGUAUUUAUGCAUUAUAUCCAGUUUUGUCAGCAGAAUGCAUGCAUUACGGUAUUCUUUACUUAAGGACUAAUGAAAAAUAAGAAAUUAAAGUGAAUUUUCAUCAGGGCUUUAGAGGUUUAAAUUCCAUUAUGUUUAAAUAACUUAAAACAAAACAAAAUAGAAAGUUUCUUAAGGAUUUUUGUUUAUAUUAUUUAGCAACAUUAUCGCAUUCACUCUCAUAAAAUAUUUACAAAAUGUGUCUGAUCUGAUUAUAGUAAAUGUUGUAUUUCCUCUAAAAUAUGGUAUGGUACAUGUAAAAUUUAAAUUAAAUACUAUCAUUAAUCAAUACAGAAAGAACAAGCAACGACACUGUUAGUAAGUUUUUACAACAUAAAUAAUCAGUUUAUUUAAAUUCACUAUGAAGAAUACCCGCCUUUCAAUUUAAUAAACAAAAAAUAAACAUUCAACUUCUAAACACACUUCUUCAGGCCCAUUUAUAAAUUUGUUUCCUUAAAUUAUAAGGAAGUGUACUCAUUUAAAUAUAGCUAAAUAUUUUAAAUGUAUAUUUAGCAUAGGUAUUACAUCUAAAUUUCAAGCAUUGGCUUAACUGGAAAGUCUAAGUAAAACAUUUUUAAGUUUGAUAUGUAUGUAUUUUAUUUUGUUUGUUAAAUGGUCUUAGUUACAAUACCGUAAUAAUUAUUAAUAUUACAGACUAAAAUUGAAGAACAAUGCAUUUUUCUUUUAUUAAUUGUACUCAGAUCAAAAACAAACUUGAUAUUAUACCCUAUUAUGCCCUUCCACAAGCUAGGGAACUAAUUAAAUAUGCGUCAUUGUCUUCUGUGAUUGGUUGAUUGCUCACUUCAAUGCUUGGUGGAUAUAAUGCGUAACUCUCAUAUUAAUUUCAUAUUUAUAAACAUUUGUUUGGGUAUAUGAUCAA